AUGCCGAUGCAGGAGAUGUUGCGGCAAGCAAACAAUCAUUUCGUCAGAACCAAGAACCAUCUCAAAGAUAAAAGUGGGGCAGCGAUCAGAGAGGCCGAGCGCUACCGCGAGGUCGCAAACAGGUGUUCCUUCACGGGGCAGGACAGCGGGUUCGCGUACCACCAAUCGUUCGCAGUGGGAGAGACCCUGUUUCAGUUCUUGGCGAUACCAAAACCGAGGAGUGGAUCCCGUCGGAAGAGCGGCGCUCUCUCUUCUUCUGCUGCACCUUCCGGAACACCCACCGUCACCCGCCGUCACAGGCCACGCCUGAAGCUCCUCAUACCGGACACUCUGGUUUUCAACGUCGAGGACAACCCGCAGUGGUACUACACCGACAAGGACGGGUUCGUCGCUUGCAUGGCGCGGUACGAGCCGGGCCAAGCAGUGGAGCAGUUUGGAGACGUGCGCUUCGACGAUGACCUCUGCGCCGUAAGGAAACAGAGCUACCUGCUGCAGUUCAGCGGGGUGCGCGAUGGGGAGGACCCGGCAGCAGUCUACUCCAGCGGCAACAGCCUCGCCCUCAUCAACACGAAAGACUUGCGAGUGAUUACCGGGGCCUCGGUGGGCAUGGACGGCGGGGGAGCGGCGGGGACGGCGUCGGAAGGGACCGGGACGUUCGUGGUCCAGAAGUUCGUCAAAAGCAAGGGGCCGCACGCUUUCAUCAUUCGACAGACAGUGGAGCAAGGCAUGCCGCCGACGGCGUGGUGCAUCAGCAACCGGCAGCCGUACGGCGGAGAAAUCGACCACCCAGACUCGCUCCUGCUGGCAGGGCCGCAGAUCCUCGGCCGCUUCACCACGACCCCGCAGGCCAGCAGCCAGAGCAGGCGGGGGGGCGGUGGCGCGGGGGGCGAUGCCGCCUCCGCCGCCGCCGCCGGACCCUGCAACAUCGCGCGGCUGGGGCCGGGGGCGUGCGUGGAGACGGCGGAGGCAACGGGGAGAAUCAAGCGGCACCUUGAGACGGUCCUCGACCGGAGGCUUGAAAUGCUCGUGGCCGACUUCACCAGGGACGAUCGGGGGCGGCUGUGGUGCUUGCAGGUUAAGGCUUUCCGUUUCAUGGGCUGCGCACCUCGACGGCCUUUCCGACUCACGGCAAAAGCCAAAGAAAACGCCAACUCCCGGUUACGGGGGGAACUCCCUUGCGCCAAGCGAAGGAGCUCCUCUUGCUCCUCCUCCCCGUCCUCCUCCGACACUGACGAUCAAGCAACAACAAGCGGUCCACCUUCUCUCAGAGCAAAGAAAAAGGGGAUCGCGAGCGACCGGCGUCGAAGAGGGAGCAAGAGCGGCGGUGGAGGUGGCGACCGCGACGACGGGUGGCGGAACAAAGGAGGCGGUUUCGAAACGGCAGAGAUCAGCUGGAGGUCACGCUCGGGUUUAGGGCUUAAGGUUGGGGCAGGGGGAGAAGGAUUCGGCCUGGAGGACGACUGGGGGGCGGCGGAAGAGGCCGCCGUGGCUGCUGCUUCCAGUUCGGGGGGGGGUCGCGGCGGAGGUGGCAGCGGAGGCGGAAGCGGUGGCGGAAAGUCGGAGAGAAGAAAGCUCGCAUGCGGCAUGUGCGGAAGCAUGCGUUACCCCGAGGACGUGUCGUUUCGGAUGACCGCGAAGAUGGUCAGGGAAACCUUGUUUCACAUUUGGAGCCGACUCUCUCCCCAACAAGUCCCGAGGUCUUUGCGGAUCGACGGCGGGGGAGAGACCCACGCUGGGGUGGCCACCGCAGCCGCCGCCGCCUACAUCGCGCGGGAAGCUGCCACCGCUGGCGCAGCCCGCCCCACGAGUGCUUCCUCCAAACCAAGCACAACGGUCACGACCAACGGGCCGCUCGCUCCUCGUUCGUCGGCUGCUGCUACCAGUAGCUGCCACUUCGCCCCCAGCGCGAGCGUGGCCUACGGCAACGUGCGCUCGUGCGAGGCUUGCUUCACCCUGCACCAGGCGGAGGCCUCCCUCAUCAGGGCGGAGCGCAGGCUCGCGGCAGCUGUCGGGAGAGGGGGUUGCACCCGAGGGAGAAGUAAGGGGGGUCAUGGUGGCACGGGCUUCGACCCCGGUCCGACUGCGAGAACAAGGACUUCUGGUGCCGUGGGCCGAGAUGUGAAGGGGGCGAGUGAUCCACAGGGGGGGCUGGGGAGCCAUGCGAGGGGUGCUGCUGCUGCUGCUGCUGCCGGAGAGCAACGGCUGGGUCAUACGGGGAGGAGCCUGGGAAGCAGCAAGAGUGCUGGUUACCUGGAGGGAGGGAGAGAAAGUCGAGCAGGAGCUCGCGACGGCGGGGGUGAGGAGGACGCGCGCCACCAUACACAUCACCACGGCUUCGAUCGGGAGCCUCUUCUUCCGGGUGGCCGUCUGAGCCUCUGCCGCAUCCUCUUGGCGGUCACCGAAAUCCUGGACGUGCCGAGGAAUUUCCUGAGAGAGGCCGCCGAGCGCUCCCGCCCCCUUCAGCUCCAGUACGAGCUUCUCGGGCACCGAGAGGUGAUUCACCUGGAGAAUCCCCUAGCAGUCGCCCCGUUCGGACCGUCGAGAAGCGGCAACAACGCUGUCCGAUUUUCGGGGGGGAAUGAUGGCGAUGUUGUUGGCGGAGCAACGGCAGGGGCCCGGGCAAGAGAAGGAGGGCGAGAGGAAGGAGCGGGGCUUCUGGUGCCGGUGUCGGUAAAUCAUUUCAGGGUUUUCACCUUCCUGGCUGGCGACACGCCGCUCAAAGGCGAACUCCCAAAGGGCUGCGGGCUAGACACCUUCCUCACCAGCCAAAGAGGCAUCGUUUUGUCCCUCGCCCUCGCUCCUCCUACCAACCACAACCACCGCAAGGGAAAAAAACAAAGACCAACAGGGCGAGGGAGCAACAGCGAUGCUGCCGCCACUAUCUGUCGGCGGUCUAAACCUCAAACCGGGGUGGGUACCAACAACGGCGGUGGCGGCGGCGUCUGCGGGGUUGGAAGAGGAGGAUUUUCCGAGGAGGGGUCGUGGUCGUCGUCGGGUCGCGGGGGUGAAGCGAGGCUGGGGCUGGAUCAGUUCAGGAACGACCACGUCCAGAAAGUAGAGCUCCAGGCGCCCUUGCUGCUGUACGGCAGCGGCAAAAGAGGCUGCGAUCGGGACUUCAACCGGUCUCAGCUGCUCCUGGUCAAGGCGGUUUUGGGCUUGGAGCGCGUCCGGUCGGAAGUGAACAUCUCCGCGUUGCCAAAACCCCCGUUGUUCCACCGCGGGGUGUACGUUAUUGGUGGCGGCGUCGAGGACGAGAGAGAUGGCAACGAGAGCGGCGACAGCGGCGGCGGCGGCGGGGGGAAGGGCGGCGACGGGUUUCACGUUUGCCACCCUUUGCCGGACGCGUGGCUGGAAAUCGGCAGGUGCUCGGAGCCGGGCCGGUUCGUGGGAGAGGCACCCCGUAACGAUGGUGGUGGUGGCACCAGCAACAGAAACAGCAACAGCAAUAGCAAAGGCAGGCGGCGGCCAUGGGCCGCGGGUCGAUCUUCGUCUCCUACCCACCGUGACGUCGUGGCAAGGAGACCGACCUGGCUGCAAGCACCACCGCUCAAAACCGCCGCCCAAACCGCAGCAACGAUAUCGGCACCGACUCCGACAGACCGGCGCGGAUGGCAAGUCGAGUGCUCGGUGUUUGGACAUCAGUUUCGAGCGGACAGGCCGAUGGGCGCACCUGUGCCCAAGCCGAUAGUAGCCAAAGCUGAAAACGCGACGGAGGACGGGCUUCCCCUCGGGGGUGUUGAGGCGCAUGCCUACCUGCAGUGUGGGGUUGAGCGAUUACGGGGGCUGUUUGGUGGGGAUGGAGACGGGGGUGGUGGUGGUGGUGGUGGUGGUGGUGGUGGUGGCGUUCUCACGGUGGAGCUGUUGCAUCGAGGCGACACGGGGGACGACGAUGUUGUGUGGGAACGCGGCGACGACCAGGACCUUGUUCGAUGUUACUGCGAGGUCCCGCUCGAGACGCUGGUCGACAGCCGUAUCGUCGAGGGUACGUUCCCGUUGCUCGACCGCAGCAUCACCGUUCCUGCAGGCGAUAGGGACGGCCACAAUAGCGACGGUGGCGGUCAUGACGUUUGCGGAAGUCGAGAACGCCGCCAACGGCGGGACGAGAGGAGCCGGAUGAGGAGAAGAACGUCGUCGUGCCUGGGAGGCCUCUUCGAUCCGUCGCUCGAGCUAGCCGUGCAUCUGUACCGAAUGGGACCUUUAAACAGCUACAACAGCAGCCCCGGCGGCAACAAAAGAACGCUGCUGGCUGGGGAAAACGACGCGGCCGUAGCUGGAGAAAGCACGACCACGUAUGGGGGUCGAGAAGAAGGAGGUAGUGGUGGAGGUCGCGAGGAAAGGGGUAGCGAUGAAGGCAGCGGCGGUGGCGUUGCAGAUCCGCCAGCGGGGGCAGUUUUGUGGAAACCCCCGUCGCUUGUCCAAAGGGGGAAGGUCGGGCGUCGGUCUCCUGUCGUCACCUUGUUCGAACGACCGCGAAUAGAAGUGAGGAGUGGGCGGCAGUAG